ACCUGAAGAUGGCACUAAGCCGCCAUUGUCACGCAGAUGAACCGUAAAAUCCAAACAGGCUGACGUUAGCCUCCUCCUGGAUGUUUUUCUUCGCCGUUAAAGAGUUUGGCUACAGUAGAGCGACAUUAAUCAACCUCUCCAGUCUCUGAAGCACCUCCAGCGACACCUCUGCGGAGUCUGCUCCCCGUCCACUCGAUGCUCCUGAAGGUGAGUAGCUAUCGUGACAGCUCGGUGCCUCUCUAACCGGAGAGACUGCGUAAUGUUAGCCGCUAGUGUUAGCAUGCACCGCUGCUCAAACGGCAGAGUCAGACCAGUGUUUACCGUCAGAGUCCGACACUCGGAGCAUUAGUUGAAGAAGAGAGGUUUUCCACUGACAUGAAAAUGAAACAACGGGAAGAUUUAUUUUAACUCUAAGCCGUUUGAAAACGAGUCUGGCUGACUUAGCUAGCUAGCAUGUUGUCAGGCUAAGGUCAAGAAGCUGUCCAAUCUGACAGCUAACGCUAACUAACAUGGUACCGAUUCUACAAACGGGAUAUGUAGGAGACAACCACGCCAAUAGCAGGUAACAUCAGCUCCGGUUCUGACCGCUGGAAACGGGGCUGUGUCGCUCACAAGAUUUCCAACAAGAGCAAGUGGUGACCCUGCCUAACUGACACCCUGCUUUCCCUGCCGUCCCCCCAUCUCUGCCCCCCAGCCCCGUGUCCUGAUUGGAUCUCCGUGGUGCCGGCGGUGGAUUGGAGCACUCUGAUUGGGGGCUUUGCGAGGUGGUUUUUCGGUCUGGCGCCGCCUCCCCCCGGGGCCGGCGUGCGCUCCCAGCAGCCCGUGGUGCCCUGCGCCCCCCCGUCCCCGUCACUGCACACCCGAGCCCAUGCCCAGGGAGGAGGCGCGGUGCGUCCGCCAGGAGCCAUGUGCCUCCCUCACACCAACAACAUGGACAGCAAGCUACAGGGGGCGGGCACAGGGGGAGGGGCUUCACUACGACCACGAGCAGGAGGCGUUCCACUGGAGCCUUUUAUACACCAGGUGGGCGGUCACACCAGUAUGAUGCGUUAUGAUGACCACACGGUGUGUAAGCCUCUCAUCAGCAGAGAGCAGCGCUUCUACGAGUCCCUGCCUCCUGAGAUGAAAGAGUUCACUCCAGAGUAUAAAGGUGUGGUGCUGGUGUGCUUUGAAGGUGACUCUGACGGUUACAUCAACCUGGUGGCCUACCCCUAUGUGGAGAGCAACAUGGAGGGAGGAGCCGGCGAGCAUGAGGAGCGUGACCCCCCAGAGAGGGAGCAGCCGAGGAGGAAACACUCCCGCCGCAGCCUGCAUCGCUCCUCAUCCACCUCUGAACACAAGGAGGAGCGGCCCGAUCGGAGGGAGGCGCACGACACAGAGACCUCGGAUAAUCUGGCAGAGCUGAAGAGCCCGAGACUCGACCCAAAGGUCCUCUCAGAUGUUCCCUUUCAGAUGCUGGACUGGAACAGCGGUUUGACGUCAGAGAAGAUCAGCCACAAUCCCUGGAGCCUUCGCUGCCACAAACAGCAGCUCAGCCGCAUGAGAUCUGAGUCCAAGGACAGAAAGCUCUUCAAGUUCCUGUUGUUAGAGAACGUGGUGCACCACUUCUCUUACCCCUGCAUCCUGGACCUGAAGAUGGGCACCCGACAGCACGGAGACGACGCCUCGGAGGAGAAGGCAGCCAGGCAGAUAAGGAAAUGCGAACAAAGCACCUCAGCGACGCUGGGAGUCAGAGUGUGUGGCAUGCAGGUGUACCAGCUGAACACCGGUCACUACCUGUGCAGGAACAAGUACUACGGCCGCGGCCUGUCGAUCGAAGGCUUCCGCCAGGCCCUCUACCAGUACCUGCACAACGGAAAGGGCUUGAGGCGGGACCUCUUUGAGCCAAUCCUGGAUAAGCUUCGCACCCUGAAAGCGGUGCUGGAGAGGCAGGCAUCCUAUCGCUUCUACUCUUCCUCGCUGCUCAUCAUCUAUGAGGGAAAGGAACCCGAGAGUUCCUCUGUCUGGCAACCGAAGACCUCCGUGUCACCCACAGAGUCCCACUGUGGCCCGGCCCCCGAUGCACCCUGUGAAACGGACAUGAGCCAGAAGCCAGACACAGGAUCCCUGCCCUCUCAGGGGUCUGGACUGAUGGCUCCGGCCUCCCCAUCACCUUCCCCUCAUCCUCCCACACAAGCCCCGCCCCCUAAGUCAGACUGCCACUCCUUCCUCCCACGCCCCCCAUCGCCUCAUCCUCAUCCAGAAUCCACCUCCUCGGCUCCCAGUUUAGGUUCCUUCCCCUCUCCCGCUCCCCUGCCCCAGCAGCCCCCCUUGGUGGACGUUCGCAUGAUCGACUUCGCCCACUCCACCUUCAAGGGUUUCCGCGGCGACACAGCCGUACAUGAUGGGCCAGACAGGGGCUACAUGUUUGGACUGGAGAGCCUUGUCCAGAUCCUGGAAAGCCUGCGGGAGGACAACCUGUAGCUCCAUCACUCACUUCUGUAUCUUUGUGAGGACCUGAGAAGGUUUGUCUCACAGUGCGGACCAGCCUCACACCCAAAGUAUAACUGGUCCUCACAAAGAUAGACACACACACAUAGACAGACACGCAUGCACGCACACACACACACAUAUAUGCACACACACAGCUGGUUGUGAGAUAGUUCAGGUUGUGCUGUCAGUGCAGUUUGUCUAGCCGUGUUUCCAGCAACAAUCGGCUGUAAAUAUGGAACAUGAUUCUCCAGGACAUUGCCGUGCAACUGCAGGGAAGUGGGACAUUGGAGCCAAAAUGGCUGCCAAUUAAAGAUGAUACGGAGAACCAACAGAUACACUCACAGCUUGUGCUUCUAUUCUUGUGAGGACCUUUGACAUAAUGCAUUCCCUGAACGUAACCACAGCUAAAUGACAACCCUGUAGUCGCCAUGCUCAUCUUUAAAGUAACUUUUGUCUUUCUGGGCACCAUUUUAAUCAUUCUGAAAUUACAGGAUGUGGUGGAGCACCUCCUGAGCUUUCUCCUGAUGGAGAGAUUUAAGACAUUCACAAGUUUCUGUCAGCAGGAACAUGUCUCUCAUUUCAGUCAUUCAGGAGGCUAAAAAUAAGUUAAAAGGAAUGAAGUUGUGGAUGAGAUCCACUUUAAAAUACAGGAACGUCUUUCUGGGAAAGAUUCAAAUUACAGAACAGUCCAGUCUGAAUAGAGCUUUGUUUAUUUUACCAUCACUUUCAGAAUGAUGAGUGUGCAUAGUUGGAAGAGGACGGUUUCUCUGUGUUCGCCUAAAAUCUGUAAGUGAACUAGUUUGAAAAACAAAAAAGGGGCAACAGGUAAAACCAGAUCAGAGCGGAGUACUUAAUGUCCUUUGGUACAAAUCUGGAAACUAGAGCAGGAGCAUCAAACUCAUUUUAGUUCGCACAACCCAGUUUGAUCUCACAUUUUUCAAAGCGUGCAUUUACAGCUAAACAAUAAGUCCAAUUUAAACAGUGUGUAUCAGUUUUUCGUCUUUCUUGACAUUACAUUUGCAUUACAGUUUAACAGUAUUUUUUAAACACACAACCUUCAUAUGUAGAGGAUUUUGGAGCUAAACGGCAGUCCAUCCUCUGUGCGGAACAGAUGUUUGACACCCCUGAACACGAGAAACGUUCCUCUUUCCUCCUUUCAGUUUUGAAACUGCCUUCUCACACGUUCUGCACAGUGAAAUAAUAAACCAGUUGCUCUUUAACCAUAACAAAAUGUGAAGGAUGUCCUCACAAAGAUAGAGGGACACACACGCUCACAGACACACAUCCUGGGAACAGUUGUCUUUGGAGCUUUUUGACAGCGUCCCAGGACACAGCGUCCUGUCUGAUUGGUCAAUCAGCUGAAUCCCACAGACCUCCCACUGAACACAUUUUUUCCCUCACUCCCUGACCUCCCAUCACCUUUUUGUCCUCACUCUUUCUCUACAGAAACCAAAUCUAGACAGGUGAACAGAACUCAUGCUCAGAAAAACACCCAAGAAUCUGUGAAAGCAAUAGAUGGCAAACUCCCCCCCAAAUAAAAGAGACAUAGAAGUAGGCUUCAGGGAGAGAGCAUAGAUGCAUUUCAAAAUGUUGUAUGGCCAUUUUUUUGUUUUUCUUUUAAUUUUUGUUUUGUUUUUGUUUUUUUGGAGAUUGAAUCAGGAAAAACACGAGUAGUCGGUGUCCUGUGAAAUCAUCCUCGGGGUUAUUGGAAGCAUAAGUGUCACUUUUCCAAAUCUGGUGUUGGUGAUGCUUGAGCCCCUUUCAGACACGUGUCGCUUUAACAUGAGUGUUCCUCACGGUUUCUUUACAACACUCCCUCUAGAAUGAUGGCGAGAGCUAAAAGUACAACACAAUGUUUACUGCAUCAUAGAAAAACCCAGUAUUGUGAGCAGUGUAAUCGCACUUUGAACUGCCGUCUUCCAUAAGAGCAGCGUCUCUGUGCAUCUGUGAGCACUGCUGAGAAAGCUGUUCCUGGCCCUCUUUAACCUUACUACAUUAUAUAAACUGAGACCUCUACAUGUCAGAGCUGUUUAAGUUAUUCUGUUGAGCGCUAAGAAAGUCACAUACAGGACUUUCGCUCCGUCUGUGAGUGUCUGAAAGGGUGCUUCAGAUCUGUAUUCUUAAUUUAUUAUUGUCAACAAAUGUCAUGAAAAAAAUACCCAAAACACUGAGACACACCUUCCUUAUCCUGUAGAUACUCACAACAGCAGGUGUGUCAAACUCAUUUUAGUUCAUGGGUCACAUAAUGCCCAGUUUGAUCUCAACUGGGGCCAGACUGUUUAGACCAUACAUUUAAGACACUUCUGCAGCCCCCCCCCCCUUUUUUUAAGUGCAAAAGAAGUCAAUUCUGACAACAGAUGAGAUGUUUUAGUGAUUUUUGGUUUUAAAAUUUGAUUUCUUUACACAAAAAAGUUUUAGAGAUUUUAUUUUUUUUAUAAACAAAACAACAUAUUUUUCACUUUCCAGACAUCAUGUCAUCAGAACUCCAGGAGUAGAUGAUUUAUUUAUCGUUUCAAUGGAAAAACAGUAAAAUUGGGGUAGAUUGCGCCUUCUGGCGGGCUUGUUCUGGCCUCUGGGCUGCAUGUUUGACACCCUUGCAGCUACAGCUAGAAAUGAGUCGUCCCCAGCAAGAGCGCUGUUUACACCAGUUACAUUAAUAACAUUUAGAAGAAACUCAAGUGUCUGCACGCUUCCCCUUAAAAACAUAGUAAAUGUGGGAAUAGUAGUAGUUUAGUGGCUAUUCUUGAGCUUCCUCAGAUGAUGGGGUUGCUGAUUCCUUAUUUUAAGAACUUUUCAUUGAUGUUUUAAAUACGAACCUACGACCUUUUGAUUGCCUAAAAUGAUGUCCCCACAGGGUCAAGUCUUGUGUGUAAGGGGUCAAGACUUGAACUUCUACUCAUAACACAUAACACUUAAGAUGGCCUGAACAUGCUAAAGCAAAAUAAAAAACGAAUGCUCAUGGGCUUGGUUGCUCUAAAAAGAGAAACUUCACAAAUCUCGCUAAUUUGUUGACAAUAAUGAAAAAUAAAGAAUAACAACAGCCUAAUUCUUUAAGUUAGGGCUGGGUGGUGUGGCUGAAUAACCAUAUUCAGCAUAUAUUAUACACAGAUGAGUGACAGAUAAAAGGAAAAAUAUGCACACCUACAAGAUCUGGUGAGUGAGAUUUGGUGAGGUUGUCCUUUAAUUUGUCACCCUUCUGUAUUUCAUAACACAGAAAACAGGCAAAAUCACACAGAAGUAUUAAAUUCAUGUUCAUUGAGCUCUUUUUUUUUUUUCAACUUUUAUUUUUGAAGCUUUUAUUCUAUAAAAAAUAUUUUUAUAGAUGAAAACACUGAAUUAUCACCCAGCUCUGUCUCAAAAAUAAUAUAUAUAUAUAUAUAUUCCCUCUGAUUGGGCUACCGAUAGCCAAUUGUAUUUGUCCAUUUAUGUCUCUCCAACUGGUACCUGAGGCUGGGCUUGAUGCAGCACUGCCCCCUGCUGGACAGCCACAGGAACUUAACCCCAGGAGCUGGAAAGAGAGAGAGAGAGAGAGAGAGAGCGCAAAUAUGAAUAUUGUAUUUUUGGUUUAUGAAGGUGAUAAUUUAUUUUUUUAUCCUGCCUUUACCUAAAAUCUGUGGGUACAUGUUCUUGUCUUUUACAUGGCUCCCCCACCCCCUCUCAAUGUAUAAAAGUUUAAAGAAAUUUAGUGACUCUGAGACAUUGUGUGUGUGUGUGUGUGUGUGUGUGUGUGUGUGUGUGUGUGUGUGUGUGUGUGUGAGAGACGUUGGGAGCAUUGUUAACAGUGUUUUUGGAGCCAGCUGAAGUCUGAUUUAUUUACCAGAUUUCAGACUUGAGUCGGCUCGCUGAGCUCCUGAGCUGUUUGUGGGACACUCAGGUGUGUGUGUGUGUGUGUGAGCGUCAGAGCCAUCUUUGGUUUGUUUCACUUCAUGUUAAGGGAGCUGGUGAAGAACUGCAUGCACAUUAACGCCCUCCUGUUUGAGUCUGUUUUCACCACCACAUCAGACCGCCCUCGUUCCAGUCGUCUCUGAGUCUCAAGGGGCGAUGGGUCCACGCGUCCUCUCAGAUCAUGAGAUUUCAUCAUGGAUAUUAGCCUCAGUGAUUGAUCGGACUUGUUUAGCAGCAUUCUCUGCCUCUGCCAUCGUCCUGACUGUUUGUUUAGAACAGUGAAACUAAGUGAGAUUAAAUCUUUCCAGAAGCUUUUGGGCUUGUGUUGUGAUUCUUGAAAGCACAGUCGGGGAGGGGUGGGGGGGCGGUGUGACAGAAUUAAAAGACUCAGUAAAGUAAAGACUCACUCAUGUCAUCCAGUGUCUGAGUUCAGAGUGAACAAUCAAGGAAAAAAAUCACCUCUGGGCAUUUGGGACCAGGAUCCAACUAAACAAACACACUUUAAUGCCCUCCAGUCACAGUUUAUCCACAAUUCAUCCUCUCAAAUCUUAUUUCCUCCGCCUGGACUUGAAAGCAGGGGAGGAAGAGUAAAAAGAAAACAGGGGUUGAGGCAACAGGUGCUUUAAAUAAAUGAGACCCAAAAAAGAAAAACAAUCAAAAGUGGGGAUUUAAUGAAAAGCUUUAGUGGCUGAGUCUGUUGAUAGUCAUGGAAAAUAGAGAAUUGGGCAGGCUGAAAAGCAAUAUUCUGUCUGUCUUACACACAAAAUUGACAAAUUAAAGGAAAAAUCUCCACAACUACAGUAAGGCCUAACACCUUGCUACAACACUUGGAGUUUCCUUUAAUUGUCCUAGUGAAGCGAAUUCCUUACUUUGAAGCUCUUUUUAAAAUUAUGUCAAAUAAUGGUGUUUAGUGCAGCCCAACUACAGUGUGUGAGUGCAACAAUGUUCCUAUAUAACUCUUAUAUUUAGCCCUGCUUUUAAUUAAAUUUGUAAGUAGAAUAAAAUGCAGGGUAAGAGUCCUCCUUUCAUCAUGCUUUGUACAUUCCAACUGUGCCACUACUCUUAUAAACAUGGAGGGUAAAAACACUCCAGCAAAAGAUGCACCUGUGCGUCUUCUGUUGGUGCACUUUAGAAGCUAAAACUUGCUUUAAAAUCAUGUACUUGAGAUAGAUUUUCAGGUCACAGGCAGAAGGGCAGAGCGGGUAAGAAGGCAUGAAAUGGAGAAACGACAGAAACCUUCAAAUUCUGCAAACAUCAGAGACCCUCUCCCC